UCCUCAGUAGCAGGCACUGCUGGGCUAAACAGCAUCACCAUGUCUGUUAAAUAUAGCUCAAGCAAGCAAUACUCUUCCUCCUGCAGUGGAGGAGGAGGAGGAGGGGGGCGAGGAGGAAUAGGAUCGUCCAUCAAAAUUUCGAGCAGCAAAGGCUCCAUUGGUGGAGGGUUUUGCUCACGGGGGUUCAGUAGUGGCUCUUUUAGCCGUGGGAGCUCUGGUGGAGGUGGCUAUGGAGGGGCAUUAGCAGGAUGUUUUGGUGGAAACUAUGGAAGCAGCAUCUCUGGGGGCUAUGGAGGAGGCAGCUUUGGAGGGGGCAGCUUUGGAGGGGGCAGCUUCGGUGGAGGGGGCAGCUUCGGUAGAGGGGGCAACUUUGGUGGAGGGGGCUUCGGAGUGGGCAGCUUCGGUGGCGGCAGCUUUGGAGGAGGCUUUGGUGGUGGAUUUGGAGGAGAUGGUGGCCUUCUCUCUGGAAAUGAAAAAAUAACCAUGCAGAAUCUGAAUGACCGCCUGGCUGCCUACUUGGACAAAGUUCGGGCUCUGGAAGAAUCAAACUAUGAUCUAGAAGUCAAAAUCAAGGAGUGGUAUGAAAAGCAUGGCUACUCAAAGCAGCGGGAGCCUCGUGAUUACAGCAAAUACUACCAAAUCAUUGAAGAUCUUAAAAAUCAGAUCAUCAAUCUAACAGUUGACAAUGCCAAGAUCCUGAUUCAGAUCGACAAUGCCAGGCUGGCAGCUGAUGACUUCAGGGUGAAGUAUGAGAAUGAGCUGGCCCUGCGCCAGAGUGUGGAGGCUGACAUCAAUGGCCUGCGCAGGGUGCUGGACGAGCUGACCCUGGCCAAGACUGACCUGGAGAUGCAGAUCGAGAGUUUGAAAGAGGAGCUGGCCUACCUCCGGAAGAACCACGAAGAGCAAAUGAAAGAGCUUCAAAAUGUAGGCAGUGGUUGUGUGAAUGUGGAAAUGAAUGCUGCCCCGGGUGUUGACCUCACUGAACUUCUGAAUAACAUGAGAAGUCAGUAUGAACAACUUGCCGAAAAAAAUCGCAGAGAUGCGGAAGCCUGGUUCAAUGCAAAGAGCAAGGAACUGACGACAGAAAUCAACAGUAACAUUGAACAAGUGUCCAGCUAUAAAUCUGAGAUUACUGAGUUGAGACGCACUAUUCAAAGUCUGGAGAUCGAGCUACAGUCCCAACUAGCCCUAAAAAAAUCCCUGGAAGCCUCCUUGGCAGAGACAGAAGGUCGCUACUGUGUGCAGCUCUCUCAAAUUCAGUGCCAGAUUGCCUCUCUGGAAGAACAACUGCAACAGAUUCGAGCUGAGACCGAGUGCCAGAAUGCCGAGUACCAACAACUCCUGGAUAUUAAGAUCCGACUGGAGAAUGAAAUUCAAACCUACCGGAACCUGCUAGAGUCAGAGGGAAGCAGUAACUGGCAAGUAACCUGCGGCGGCCGCGGUGGCGGCAGCUACGGCGGCGGCAGUUCCGGCGGCGGCGGUGGCGGCAGCUACGGCGGCGGCGGUUCCGGCGGCGGCGGUGGCGGCGGCGGCGGUGGCGGCAGCUACGGCGGCGGCGGUUCCGGCGGCGGCGGUGGCGGCGGCGGCGGUGGCGGCGGCGGUGGCGGCGGCGGCAUCUACGGCGGCGGAAGCUCCAGCGGAGGCCACAAGUCAUCCUCUUCAGGGUCUGUUGGAGAGUCCUCAUCUAAGGGUUCAAGGUCAGCAGACACUAGCUUGGAUACUAACAAAACCAGAAUAAUCAAGACCAUAAUCGAGGAGGUGGCACCUGAUGGUAGAGUCCUUUCAACUAUGGUUGAAUCAGAAACCAAGAAACACUACUAUUAAGCCACAUCAAGAGGAAGGUCUCCCCUCACACAGGCCAUUAUGCACAGAGGCAUGAAAAACAAAAUCUCCAAGAAAACACUUCACUCUUAAUGGUCUAUGGAAAUAGAUCCACUCCUUGAACAUAAGGUGUCUAAAUGGUGUUUUGUAGUUUCUGUAUUUCUUCUUUUCACUUUACCAGAAAGUGUUCUUUAAUCCAAAGGAAAAAAAGAAAAACUUUCUAUUCUCAUUUACUAAUGAAUUUCAAUAAACUUUCUUACUGAUGCAAACUA